AUGACAAGCAGGAACCUUUUCGUUGUCGUCUCAUCCCUCCUCCUCAUCUCAUUGGCAUCCUUCCCUUCCAUAACUGCCACCACAUACCAGCCAAAGCCCGCUGUGCAUGUGGUUGUGGAAGGCAUGGUAUACUGCCAGAGCUGUGACUACCGUGGAUGGUCCUUGACCGGAGCUAUCCCACUCCCUUUGGCUAAAGUCAGCGUCGUCUGCAAAAACAACAUAGGCCAAGUCGGUUACUACAAGACUUUCCAAGCAAACGCUAACGGCUACGUGUAUGCUGAGCUAGAAGGUAACAAAAUGAACCGUGCAUUGGACUAUCCCCUUCAGAACUGCAUAGUGAAGCUAGUUUCUUCUCCACUUCAAAAGUGCAACCUUGCCACCAAUGUCAAUUAUGGCAUUGAUGGCUCCCAUCUUCGUUCCGAAGGCAAGAGUUACACGAGUCCGAAUUAUAAUGCUGUCAUAUAUGCUGCAGGGCCCUUUGCUUUCCGUCCUGCUCGUUGUCCUUACACUACCCGCCAUUAA